UGGAAUUAUAAGAGAGGGCGCAUAGUUUCUAAAGCAUGCAUAUACCUGUGCAACCUGUUAUGGCUUUUGAAAAAAAAUUAGUACGAAUACUAAACUUGUCUAGUGUUAAAAUUUAUUUAAAAUCAUAUAUAAUAAAAUAUAAUCAUUCAAAUAUAAUAUGCCAGCUGAUCAAAUACAAUAUUCUGAAAAAUACAACGACGAUAAAUAUGAAUAUAGACAUGUUAUUCUACCAGCUGAUUUAGCAAGACAUGUUCCAAAAACUCAUCUUAUGUCAGAAACAGAAUGGAGAAAUUUAGGAGUUCAACAAAGUCCUGGUUGGGUUCAUUAUAUGAUGCAUGUACCAGAACCACAUGUGUUACUCUUCCGUAGACCAAGAACUGAUAUUUUAUCAAAUACAAGAAGCACUACUUUUCAAAGAGAAUACCAAAAUGUAUAUUGCGUUUAAACAAAUUUUUAGGAAGUUUUAAUAUUAUUUAAUAUUAGUUUUAGAGAUUAAUAAAUUGAUUAGCAUAAUUAUAAUGUAAAUGGCAAAAAUGAUUUGCUUAUUUAUGAUCAUGAUUUUGUUAAGAUUAAUAAAUAUAUCCUGAUGGAAAUUUA